UCCAUUUGCCGCAAAACUGAACAACAACAUAAAUAAAAAAGCAAAGGAUAAAAAGAGAAAACUUUGGAGAGAGAGUGAGAGAGAGACAAAGGGGAAAAAACCCAUCUCUUUGGAGCUACCAGGUAUAAGAAGAAACAGAGCAAAAACAGAGCAAGAGAGCAGGGUGGAGAGAUAGUCAAAGAAAAGAGAAAGAUGGGCAUUUUGAGAGAAGAUGUUAUAGUGAUCAGUCCAGCUGAGAAGGCAGAGGAUUCCACUGUGAUAUCGGUGAAUUGCCCGGAUAAGACUGGGUUAGGCUGUGAUUUGUGUAGGAUUAUUUUGCUUUUUGGCUUAAGCAUUGCUAGAGGAGAUUUUUCAACGGAUGGGAAAUGGUGCUACGUAGUGCUUUGGGUGGUUGGUAAAACAAACACAAGGUGGGAUUUGUUGGAAGAAAGGCUAUUGGAAGUCUGUCCAUCCUAUUUUUCGACAUCUGGAAUUGACUAUUACCAGCCUGCGAACCAGCAGCCGAAGCCAUUGGAUGUGUUUCUUCUAAAGUUUUGGUGUUCUUGUGAUAGGAAAGGCCUAUUAAAUGAUGUAACUCGGGUCCUUUUUGAGCUGGAGCUUACAAUAAAGAAAGUGAAGGUAUCCACUACUCCAGAUGGAAAAGUGAUGGACCUCUUUUUUAUCACUGAUACCAGGGAACUUCUCCAUACAAAAGAACGACAGGGUCAAACAAUUCUUCACUUGAAAACUGCACUAGGUGAUAUAUUGGAAAGUUGUGAGAUUGAAUCAGCUGGCCCAGAAAUAACUGCACGUGCACAAGGCACUUCAUUUCUUCCUUCUGCAAUCACAGAAGACAUGUUCAGUUUAGAGCUGCCUGCACGAUAUCCCUGUGGGUUACUUGCUUCAAACCCCAUAUCAAUUACUGUGGACAACACCCUUAGUCCCUCCCACACACUUAUUCAAGUCCUCUGCCAUGACCACAAAGGUCUAAUAUAUGAUAUCAUGAGAACCCUGAAGGACUAUAAUAUCCAGGUUUCUUACGGACGAUUCUUUGCAAACCAAAAAGGUGGAUGUGAGAUGGACUUGUUCAUUGUGCAAGCUGAUGGCAAGAAAAUCGUUGACCGCAAUAAGCAAAAUGCAUUAUGCUCUCGUCUGAGGAUGGAAGUAUGGCGUCCUCUCAGACUGGCUGUGGUGAGCCGGGGCCCUGACACUGAAUUGCUGGUGGCAAACCCUGUUGAAUUGUCUGGCAGAGGCCGGCCUCUUGUUUUUCAUGACAUUACCCUUGCUCUUAAGAAUCUUAACACCCAGAUCUUUUCGGUUGAGAUAGGGAGACACAUGAUCCAUGACCGUGAAUGGGAAGUGUACAGGAUCCUACUUGAUGAAGGAGAUGGUUAUCCGGUGCCAAGGAAUAAGAUCGAAGAGGGUGUGAGGAAAAUAUUAAUGGGUUGGGAAUAGAUUAAGGUAACUAAAUCUGCCUUGGCGCCUAAAGAUCUUCACGGUCACUGUACAGCACAUGUUUUUUAGUCUUGUUGAGUCCCUGCUAAAAGCUAGGAACUAAGUAGAUACGAAAAUGUAAAUUGUAAAGUUGCCUUAAAAGAAAACGAAAACAAGAUGUUUUCCUUCCAAAAAAAGGGAAAGAAAGAUGAUAAAGAUGUUCUGUUU